CCAUGCUUAUAAUGCACGUUGUAGUAUCUACUGUAGUACGAGGCACUUAGCAAGGUUUUCUUCCUCGUUGAUUGUUACUAAAUUUUGAAGCACAACGCACCAUCGGCUGCAAUCUACCAUCUCAGAUUCUUGUCGAUAAAGCAAUGGUCCUGACGUGCUCUUGAAGAGCGACAGUGGUACGCAUUGGGUCUUUCUAGUUCCACGUUCGCCGCUGGUGCUGUCGUAAUUUGGUUUAACUUGUCGUUUAACUUAACGUCGAGUCCUACUACUUGCAGAGAACCCAAUAGGUGCGUUCGAUUUGGACGCUCAUAUUCUGCGAGCCUCACGCUUGGUUACAUUCUUAGCUAACGGUCGAAUAAUUUGUCAACGUAAUUGCUCACUAAUUGCUUUUUCCGCUGAAAUUCACAUCCUCCAGUUUUUCAACGCCACCACCGACCAAAGUCUUUAAAUACAUAAUACUGAACAUAAAUACUGAACAUUUGUGGUGUUGCCAGGUUGGCUGCCUGUGAUGAGAGCAGUAUCGAGCUUCGUUCAACUCUUAUUAACAAAUUAAAAGCACAUCCUUUUAAAGCGCGUUGGUAAAGAUUGGUAUUAAUUAUGAAUUCCUCGAGUACUGUUCUCAAGCCUGCGGCUCCGUCUGUGCAGGAAUUCAGUAUCAAAGUACCAAAAAAUAGCAAGAAGAAGCACAACGUGAUGAGAUUCAACGCGACACUGGACGUAGAUUUCUCUAAAUGGACACAGGUGAAAAUGGAGCGGGAGAACAAUAUGAAGGAGUACAAGGGUAUGGAAGAGGAAAUACCGAAAUUCGGUGCUGGGUCCGAAUUUGGACGCGAUGCCAGAGAAGAAGCCAGAAGGAAGAAGUUUGGAAUUACCAGUCGAAAAUAUAAGCCGGAAGAUCAGCCGUGGAUCUUAAAGGCGGGAGGAAAGACUGGGAAGAAGUUCAAAGGUAUAAGAGAGGGUGGAAUCAGUGAAAAUGCAGCGUAUUAUGUUUUUACACACGCUACUGACGGUGUUAUAGAAGCCUUCCCAUUACACGAAUGGUAUAACUUUCAGCCAAUUCAGAGAUACAAGGCUCUCAGCGCCGAAGAGGCUGAGCAGGAGUUCAGCCGUAGGAAUAGAGUGAUGAAUUAUUUCUCGCUAAUGUUACGCAAGCGGUUAAGGAAUGAUGAGGAUGGUGGGGAUGAUGAUGAACUGGUGGAAAGUGGCAAAAGUAAGAGACCGAGUAAGAAGGAAAAAGAAUUAAAAAUAUCCGAAAUGGACGAUUGGAUGGAUAGUGACGACGAUGAGUCGGGCAGUAAUGAAGAGGAAAAUAAAAAAGGAUCCGAUGAUGAGGAUGAUGCGAAAAAGAAGAAGGGCAAAGGUCAAACAGUUCAAAAGAAGAAAAAAAAGAAGAAUGCUUCGGAUGAUGAGGCGUUUGAAGAAAGUGAUGAUGGCGAUGAGGAGGGACGGGAGUGCGAUUACAUUUCCGACUCUUCUGAUUCUGAAUCGGAAUUGGAGCAACAGAAAGAGAUCAAGUCCGUCGCGGAAGAAGAUGCUUUGAGGAAAUUACUCGCGUCCGAUGAAGAGGAAGAUGAUGAGGAGCAAACAGAUAAAAAAGAGGGUGAAGAAGAUAAAGACGACGACGAGGAAGGAAAGGAAAAGGACGAUAAGGAUAAAGACAAGCUUGGUAAAGAAUCCGAUAAAAGGAAAGAUAAAAAGAAAAAGAAGAAGGCGAAGAAGAAGGACCUGAAGAAAUCAUCAUCGGGAAAGGAUUCCUCCAGUGAUUUCUCCAGCGACUCGGAAUCGGAUUCCGAUACGACACUGAAAGAGAAGGACAAUAAAAAGCCGAAUAGCGCGCACAGUUCGAGAUCUGCGACUCCAACACCAGCCGCGUCUGAUCCUCUAAAGAGAAAACAAACUGGCUCGCCGGAUUUGUCGCAAGCGAAGAAAUUAAAGUUGGACAAUUUUAAUUUAGUUCCGACAUCGUACAUACCAGGAGCAAGCGAAUCGGGCAUUACGGAAGAUGCGGUGCGACGAUACCUGAUGCGUAAACCCAUGACGACAACCGAGCUACUGCAAAAAUUCAAAUCCAAGAAGACUGGUCUUACAUCCGAACAGCUGGUCAACAUCAUGACUCAGAUAUUGAAAAAGAUCAAUCCGACUAAGCAAACUAUCAAGAAUAAGAUGUAUUUGUCGAUCAAAGCGCAAUCCAACUGAUGAUUCAAUAAACACUAAUAAUAUGUAUUAUAAAAGACGCUUCUUGUAACCACUAAUUUUAACUAAUAUAUAUGUUUCGCUAAAUUGAUUAA